UUUAUGAACCUGGGCAUGUGUUGGAGAUACUGGUAGGGACUCUUGUAAAAAGAAGACAAGACAAUCGAAGACCAAAUAUACAAUAAUUAGCCAGUUUAUUUGAAUAAAUAGUAGGCUAUUUUAAAUGAUUGCCAAUUUGUUGGAAUAUUUAAAUGUAAGGUGCGUUUUCCAGAAGUCGAUAGACUUAUUGGUAUAGGAACUUUAGUCAAUUGUACUUAGCUCGAGUGAGAAAAAAAACAUCCGUAGGUGGACGAAAUGUUUCAGUUUGUGCAUUUAUCUCAAAAUCCGUAAACGCGCUUUCAAUUCACUGGACGUGAAACAGGGGCACGGUGAACCUAUGACAUUGCACAUACACUGAGACUGGGGCUGCAAAUGGGCGGCAUAGGUGGCAAUCUUUACCUCAGUAUGUUGAAUGGGACUGAUACGCAAACUUUCGGAAAAGACACCGAUAUCAACAAUCACCUUCAACGCAGCAAGAAUUCCGUGGAUUUUAAAAUGGGAAUUCAGGACACCAGAUUAUAUUACCAAGACUCAAUUCAAAACGGACAGGACGGAUCGGCACUGCCGUACCACGCAGACCAAACUGUGGCCGGAUUCGGAGCGCAACCCGGGAGGUUUUACUCACCAACUCCCCACAAUAGCUGCCAUUUCAGCAGUGUCAGGUCGCCGACUAGAAACGGAACGGGACAGACUUAUUUACCAACGGGAAGCGAAGGUUUCUCGACAACUAGCAAAGAAGUUUACCCUGCCUCUGCGGAGAGUUAUCCCGCACCCGUUCAACAUGGGUACUAUCGCGCGCCACUCUACCCAUUACCUGGGCUACAGGUGUGCGGAAAGACGCAGGCUCUCCUCAACAACUAUCCUCUGUGGGCGAAGUUCCACAAAUACCAAACCGAAAUGAUCAUAACGAAACAGGGGCGGAGGAUGUUCCCCUUCCUGAGUUUCAACAUCAGCGUUCUGGACCCGUCAGCCCACUACAAUGUGUAUGUGGACGUAGUCCUAUCCGACCAGCACCACUGGAGGUACCAGGGAGGCAAGUGGGUCCAGUGUGGCAAAGCAGAGGGUAACAUGCCAGGGAACAGGAUGUAUAUGCACCCAGACUCUCCCAACACAGGGGCUCACUGGAUGAGGCAGGAGGUAUCGUUUGGCAAGCUCAAGCUCACCAACAACAAGGGCAGUGCCAACAACGUGGGCCAGAUGAUCGUUCUGCAGUCACUUCAUAAGUACCAGCCACGGUUGCACAUCGUCGAAGUGAAGGAGGAUGGUUCUGAGGACCUCUUCCUCACCGCCAAGGCCCAGACCUUCGUCUUCCCAGAGACCCAAUUCAUCGCCGUCACAGCCUAUCAGAACGCAGACAUCACCCAGCUAAAAAUAGACCAUAACCCCUUUGCGAAAGGUUUCCGGGACAAUUAUGACGCGCUGUACGCACCACCUGACUCGGACCGCGUCACCCCCUCUCCCACCGAGGGCCAGCAGCUUUUGGCAGGUACCUGCUAUACCCAGGGGUACCUGAUGGACCAGUACAUGAACCCCCUGCCCCAGAACCGCUUCUACAGCCGGGAGCACAUGGCAGCCAUGGGCCAUCAGACCAAAGACCCCUCAGCCAGCCCCCACAGCCGCUGGUACCGCUCCCCCCAGCAGAGUGUCACCUCCAACCGGCUGGACUUCAACUCCUAUGAGGGUGACUUCUCCAGCAACAGCUUCUACAAGCCCUUCCCCCUGCAGACGUCGGCCCACCACACGCUGAGCUACUACGAGGACAGCCCGUUCGCCACGGCCAGCGUAUCCGUCUCAGGAGCCUCCUCGGCAGCCUGGAGCACCGGCCGGCCCUCCCCUCAGUACCUCAACCAUCCCUGUUCCAGUAAAGUCGGCUCCAGUCUAGGCUGGUUCAGGCCUGUGUCCUCUACCUCUCCAGGUCACCCCAGGCUCCACCCCCCGUCCAUCCUGGAGCCGCUCCGCCCCCCACCUUCACUGCAGGACAAGCCCAAGGAGGCGGGGGUGGGGGGAGAGGACCCCUGGCUGGAACCCCCCUCGGUCAAAUCGGUGGACUCGGCUGACUCCGGCCUGUUCGAGGGCGGGGCAGAGGGCAAGAAGCGACGAGUAUCACCCUACGCUUCCAGCACGGAGAACUCGCCGCCCACCCGCAGCGUGGAGGUCUGUGAAAAGGACUGCAGUAGUGAUGCCGGCUACUACGGCUUUUAUACCCACUGAAGCCGCCCCACCCACCACGUAAAUACCCUCUCCUAGUGUCCCCCUCCUGUCCUCUUUGUGCUUUGGUAUCUCCCACAUGGCCAUGUCUCUCUGCCUGUCCCAUGAAGUCAUGUAAUGGCGCUGGACUGAAGCUCCAUUGGCCACAGAACGCCAACAUCACAGAUGGGCCAGGUAAAUGGCACCUCAGCCAUUUUGACACAUACAGACAGACUGGACCUCUCGACAGCCCAAAAGGGAGGCUUCUCUAAGGUUGUGUUUUGGUUACGUGUUUGAGGACAAGGACCUCCUAAGGUCAGGCAGGAACACUUUGAACAUGACUGUUAAUGUGUGCGAGGGCCAAAGUGCAAAGGCAAUAUGACUGGGUCCACAGACUGCCCUAGAAACAUACAGAAACACAGACCUUUGACUUAAGUCUUUUUAACGUUUGGGGAUUCAAAAAUAAGACGUCUGCACACCUGCUGACAGACCCCUGCAGGGACUGUCCAGUCUUCCCCCAUCACACUCACACACAGACACACACUCUCUUUCACACACACAUGCUCACACACAGACACACGCUCUCUCUCACACACACACACACUAUUCUCCAGCUCCACUUUUAGUAUAUGCUCGCGGUCACAUGACCCAAUGUACUGAGACGCAGACACGACUGGUUGUAUGCUAAUAACAAAACGGAAUCAUUUCUGUCUCAUCCUCUGUCUGAGGAGUUUGGAACUCCCCCUUGUGACAGCAGAGAAGAACUGCAGGCUGAUGGCGAGCGUGCAGACGAGAGCAGAGGCCAGCGUCAGGUGUUAGAGGUGAGGGGAGCUUAGCGAGCACAUGACCUGAAGGGUCAAGGCUAAUUAGCAUCAAGGCUGACGGGCCAGUCUUCCUGUGACCUACUGUCGCCUACAUCAGGUCUGUCAUUUAGAACAACACAGCCUUAGCAGCCAAUCCAAAGACUCACAACACAAUGGAAAUCAGCAUAUCUCACAGACAAUCUGAGGCAACUACAGAGGUGAUGAAUUAAAACGUGAGCCAGUCAGACAACACACAACAUAAAUCAUUACCAGCAGGGUAUAUGGUUUUUACAUAGAGGAAGUCUCUGGGGGUGACUCUGGGGGUGACAGGCAGCCUCUCACUCAGAGGACACUGGGAUACUGGUAGUCUAAAACCACAUAUUGCUGGGUGUGUGUGCUCUAAUUGCGAGGCCAUAAGAAAGGACAGGAAUAUAAUCAAGGCAAGGCCUCAUUAUUUAUUGCACUUAUGAUUACGGUAUAUCGUACACAGAGUACAGUCAGAAGACACAUGGCCUGUCACUUAUUAAGUGAAAACAUGAAAACAUGACUCACAAACACAGUCACUCACUCACACUGGAAGGUGACCAAAACAAAUCCACUUUUGAGUUUAAAAAAAGACAAUGGGUCUGUGUGUCUACAGUCAGCCCUACUGGCUAUGAUUGAAUAUACUUCAUGUAAGAUAUUUUUUAAAACAUUUUUUAUCCUACUUACAUAUACUGGAUGUUCAUUUUGUUUACCUCCUCAAAGUGUUUUUAUAUUAUUCAUUCAUGAAUUGUACAGAUGCCAACUUUCAAAGGGAAAUUCUGCCAUUUUGUGUCAGGCUAAACUGCCUUUCUACAAACAAACAGAAAAGCUGGUUUUCCUAUUGGAAGG